CGUAACCGCCAUGAUUGGUGUCAUGCGACUAUAGGGCACAGCACAGCAUGGACUUUGUUUGGCCAAAGAUUGGAUCAACAUGCAGACAGAGCGUUGAGCUUUGCUGUGAAUAUAUAUGAACCGUUCAUGGCACAGCUGUUUGAGAAGAAUGCGGCAAACAUAUGAUCCAAUCGACCAUGUUUUUUCCAAUUCAAAGUCGGGCUGACUCAAUGCCAGCGGUUAUGGAAUGUCAACUCAUCUGCAGGGCAUGCGUGGUUUUGAUUGGUUCACGCCGAAUGGGUAGCGUUGUUGAUGAUGCAACAGAAACUCUGACUUGAUCAUACGUCUGCAAACGAAUUGUAUGAGAGUCAGUCGUCUGAGAAUCUGGUUUCAUGUAGUAGCGUAUUCGUAUCGAUAAUCAAUCGGGCGAUUAGAACAAAAUAAUUAUGUGAGAGUUUUAAACAUAACAUACGUAAGGUAGAUAGAUAGAUGAUGCCCUUGUCCCCUGCAACAGCUCAGCUACCCUUGCUGAGUUUAUUCAACGGUUGCUUGGGCAAUGCGCCAACAACGAUAUAACCCACCACGACCCUAUCGCCAGACGCCUCGAGCACCGCAUCAAAACGACUCAGUUCAACUCCACAUGUAAGGUAUCCUCCACCAAAUAUCGCAGCCUUCUGAGGUCCAGACUGCCUUCGCAAAUCACCACUUCCAUCACUCGCAUCAGCUCCUUGGACAAGGUGCAUAACCAUAGUCUGUGCAGUCGCUUCGACAUCUGUAAUAGUGCUACGGCUGUUGUGCUACUGCUACUACUACUACUGUUCUGCACCUCGUAUCAACCUUACCAAGCACUGCUAUCCAGCAUCCGUUGCCCACCAUGCGAUACAACCUCAUCCAAAUGAUCCUGCGCAGCGUCGCUCUGCUCAUGACACUCCUCCUAACGGCUCUCAUCGGCAACGUCAUGGCGUCAAAUAUCGACGCCGCAGGCUCUGCAACGGCUGCCGUCAACUUUAUCAUGUUUAUCGCCAUUGUCUGCUGGAUCGUUUGCAUCAUCGGCCUUCUCGCUUUCUUUGUUUCAGCUCUCGACAAGCCACUCAUGCAGCUACCGUUGGAUGGCAUAGCUGUCCUCUUCACCUUCAUCGGUGCCAUUGUUCUUGCGGCAAAGCUGCGUGUCGUCAACUGUGGAGAUAUUAACCCCAAAGCUCUGCCUGGAGACUGGAUCGGCUGGGGCUCAGGGAGUGAUGAGGGACGGUGCCGUCGACUGCAAGCAAGCACUGUCUUCAUAUGGUUCCUGUUCGCCUGCGUAUCUGGAAGUCUCCUUUUGACCAUCAGAACUGCACGCAAUCAGUUCGGCUCUCUUCGCAGUGCCGCUUCACGGCCAUCAAUGUCUCAGAUUUCUUCAAGCGUCUGAUGAGCACUAAACACCUCAGAAACCCAUAACAUAGCGGCUCAGCCGUGUUAAAGGGGUCCGGUCAUGAUCUUGUUGGUUCUUUGCUCUAAUACCAUCAGCGCGAGCGUCAUGGCCACAAAACUCUGUGGAACACGAUGUAUGUGCUUCCCUGAGCUCCGUUACACCAAAACCGCCCUAGGGCAUCACCGACUCUUGAGUGCCGGUAUCAAGUUGCAUUAGGAUAUAGAGAGCGUUCAGCAUUAAGUAUUAUUAUACCAGGAUUGUUAGAUGUAUUAGUAUUUUGGAAGGGGAGUUGGGACGGGUAGUUCAUUCAGAACAGGUGUUGGAUCAAGGGCAACGAUCAUGCAGAAAAUGAAAGUUUAAUACAAGGACGGCUUUGGUUUUCAGCAUUUCACUGGGAUAUCUGGUUGUUAGUACAAUGGGUUCGUGCUAGAGUCUCUUGGUUGACAGGAGGAACAAAACAAGCGUAUUUGGAAUCAUAUAUUAUUGAAAGAAAGAAAACAUAUGCAUAUUUAUACCCCAACACCUUAUGAAAGCCAUGC